UGUGCUUCCCCAGUCUCGACUUGGUGAGGUUGUAAAGCGCAAGAAAGAAGAAAGACGACGACGAAAGACCUUCCAACCAACAAUUCCCCACACGAACCAACCAAGGAUCACUCACAUCACAUCCACCAACACUCACUCACACUGCUUGUCGUCGGCCUCGUCGUCUCCCUAGCCCAACAAAGGGACGACUUUUUUCAAAAACCUACAAAAUCACGGGAAAAAAAGUCGCCAAGAUAGAGAACUUUUCUCUUCUGGGGGAGGAGUGUGGACAGGUUCCUUCACAAAGAAAAUCUGACUUUUCGUGCCACCACCAAAGACUUGGUUUUUAAAUCAGAGGCUGGAGGAUCGAUUAAAAUUCCACCCUGACCCUGAAGUCGUCUGUGAUUCUGGUUUUGUGGAAAACAGUAACAGUAUAAAGUCCAACCCAAGUAAUAAGUUUUAUCGAGAAGUGGAUCAAGAAGGAAUAACUAAUUUCCAUCGGGAUUUCGAUUAAACAUUGAAGAAUAAAUAAAUACCCAGCGACCCUCAACUCAUACGAAACUUUUUCCACGCAAAUAUAUAAUUCAUCAUUUCGUCAUCUCGUUUGCAAUUAUUAAUUUACCCAGUCAUAGAAUCCAACUAAAUUAUACAGUGAAAUAAAAUAGAUUAGCCCAAAUAAAAUACAACACUGCGAAACUAAAAGCUAUAACCAACCUGUCUAUCUCUCAUAACAACAACGAAAAGCAGAGCAGAGAAGCAGGGCUGCUAUAUCGUUGUUGGUAUAAAAUAUUAUUAUUCUAUUCAGCCUACCACGAACUAAAUACCACUACCAGCCAGCCAUACCAUCAACAUUAAAUAAAGUAAUCCACACAAAGGGAUUAACUAGUAAGUAAACUUAACAGGAAAUGGUAGCACGAAUCCAAUUUGGUUCGCAGUACAAGAGCAUCAACGAUAUUGCUGCCAACGUUAACAUUUAUCCAUUAUUAUUCAACUCUGCUGCAGUUUUGGAAUAGAGUGAUUCAAUUUUAGUUUUAUUCUGCUCGGAAGGUUUUUAGACUUUGGAGAGAAAGUAGGAAUUUUUAAGUCGACAAUAAAAAAUAGUUGAAUACUCUCCAAGGAGAAGAUUGGUUUUUAGGAGAGAAAACAAUAUUGCAAAGUGAUUUGGCAAAUCUUCACCUGCCUGCCUGCUGAUCGAGUUGGGUAGCGUUGUCAUCCAUCUUGAUAAAUAAUUUUUAAUUGACUGCUAGUCUCGAAGAAAGAAAAAGUGCCAAUUUUAUAGAAAUAAACGUUUCAACUUCAACGAGAGAGUACUUGGAUUUUUCCGAUAACAGAAAAUUGCGCAAAAACCGAAGAGAAAAAUGGGAUCGAACAAAAACAUUCCUAAUGAUAAGAUAAAUCUCCGACUAAUCUUGGUCAGUGGAAAGACCAAAGAAUUCCUCUUCAGCCCCAGCGAUUCUGCCGGAGACAUUGCUCAGCAUGUGUUUGAAUGUUGGCCGAAAGAAUGGGGAGAUGAGGCUGUAUCCAAGGCGGAAAUUUUGCGACUGAUUUAUCAAGGACGAUUCUUACACAGCAAUGUGACGCUGGGCGCUCUCGGCCUCCCUCUUUGCAAAACGACCGUGAUGCACUUGGUGCCCAGAGAAAAUCUUCCCGAACCCAACUCCCAAGACCAACGCCAGAAGUCUAAAACGGGGAGCAGUAGCUGCUGUGCAGGGUGCUGUAUUUUAUAAUAAUGGAGCCGUAGAAAUCACCUUAGCCAAUUUUAAUUGUACUUGUCGUCAUCGACUACUACUACUGCUACUCUACUAUCUGAUAUAUACACAUAAUACUACACAUCUACUGGACUACACCUACCUUACUAAGCAUCUUCAUUCAUCAGCAGCGUAAAAUUAUCAAAAUUAUGUAUAAUCAACUAUAUAAAAUAUGAAAUAUGCAUGAGAAGUUAUCGUCAUCAUUAUAAAAAAACUGGAAAUUUUAUGUGCAUCCAACAUCCGUUUUACCAAUCGUUUUAAUGUAAAUAAUAAAAAAAAUAGGAGGAGUAAGAAAAAAACAGUAAACGCCUGAGUAUUUUAUGGAUAAGAGUAUUCUCGUCUCUAGUUAUUUAGAUAAACAAUCAAACAACAGCAAAUGCAUUGUAAUCCAGUCAUCUCAGUCUCCAGUUUCUUUCUAUUUGUUAAAAAGAGUAAAUUAGUAAAAGCUCCGUCGUUUUAAGCAAAAACUUGAGGUAAAAGAUCAUUACGUAAUGUCUGACCAUAACUUAAUUAUGUGGUAAUUGAUUAGUAUAAAAUAAUAUAAUAUAUAUAUAUACAUGUACUAUUAACUAAACUAUAUACAUAUAUAUUAUACGGCCAGAAAAUAAUACAAACCACUACUACUCAUCCUUAUCGGGAAAAAAGAUGAAGUAAAGAUUUUAAAAAUUACGACGACCUCAUCAAGAACAGCGUACUUUUUGCUAAGUACAUAGUUAAUAGACUAAUAAGUUAAACUAAUUAAACGUAAUGAAAUAAAGCGUUCGAUUCCCACCGCAAGUGAGACACUCCGACAAGUCAGAAGGUGGUGUUUUUAGUGCGGGGAAAGAUAUCGAAUGAUGUAACUUUAUGUCUUGAUUUUGUAAAUAUUUCCAUUCAGAGUCAGUCACACACAACAAAAUGUCGUAUUUUACUUAUACCUUUGUCUUCUUGCUUUGUAUUGUAUGUAAAACUAAAAUCGACUCCUCCGUAUUUUAUUUACGGGUGAUGUUUUCUCGGUAUUUUUAAUGAUGGACUUUUUCAAAUUUCAACUUUUAUUUUGAAACGACUCCACAGAGAAUUAUGGCAUGAAUAAUGUCAUUAAUUUUUUGUUGGUAUGAUUUAGUGUUUAUCAUCGUCGUCGUAUCGUAAUCUCAAUUGUAAUGUCGGGUAACAAUAACCACAACAUAUUAACAUAACUAUUAAAUUAUCAUAGCUAAAUGUAAAAGAAUGUGACACGGACACACCGGAAAAGGGUUUGCAUAAGAAGAAGACUCGAUAUUUUUCGAAACCGAGUAAUUACUGAAUUCUCUCAAUGUUCUAAUAUUUAAGCAAGUAAUUAAGUAUGUAUUUACUUAAAACACUCAGAAUUCUAGGAAGAAUAAGUAUAAACAGAUUCCGUUUAUUCGCCUUUUACUUAUUAGAAUCAAACCUCUUGAGUAUUUAUGUAUCAUCAUCCUCAGAUCAGCACCUGUACCCCAUCCAAGGAAGAAGUAUUGCAUUUUAUUAUUAAGUAAUCCUACUCUCUCCUCAUCACAAUGAUUAUGCUUCACAGCAACCAUGCAAGCUUUAACUUACUUGCACCGUUUACCGUAAUUAAUUAAACAUUAAUUAAAUUAGCUUAAAACACAGAUUUAAGCGGUUUAGUUGUAUUAAGUCAAGUUGAGAAUACUGAAUUGCUGGGGACGCAUCGUCAUCAAUUGUAUUAUUAUUAUCAUUAUUACUACAUUUCUUUCAAUUAGUUAUUGUCAAUCAGCGCAAUAAGUUUAUGAGAAAUAAAUGAAAAAUGAAAAAAAAAAAA